AUGGAGAACCUGACACAAAUGAAUAAUGCUUUAAAUAAAUCAGAGAAAAGAAUAAAUGCUCCACAAGAUUGCCAUGAAAUACAUUUUGAAGAUAGUGAGUUUGAAUAUCUAAUGACAUGUUUAAAAGCUGAACUUGAAAAAUCGGCUAAAGACUUGGGAAUCACACUUGAAUGGAAACCAUUUAAGUGUAUUAUCAGAGGACCUGUCAAGCCGGUAACGGAAUUUAAACACAAAAUAUUAAACAUCAAAAACACCAUACAAAAGGACCACGUUUUUCUGGAUUACUUUGGAUGCCAAGAAUAUCUCAGAGAAAAUGAAAAAGAAAUCCUAUCUAACAUUGGGAAUAAUCGUUCAUGUGUGAUGAAGUUAUCCGACAAACAACUAAUAAACGUAUCAACGGGAUCUGCGGAAUUCUGUAAAAAAGUAAUUUACAUGAGUUCGAUUGAAAAGACUAAACUUUUUUUACUGGCUUGUGAUCCAAGUGAUUUAAAUGCAGAUGUCUGCUUAAAUUUUAUAACAUGCAUUUGCGAAGACAGCACAUUUCCACCAAAAGGUUUUGUCGGAGAUCAGAAAAACUGGAAUGAAGUAAAAACAAGUGUUUUUAAAAACACGGAGCAACAUGAAACAAAAAGUCAAACAUCAAGAGGCACUAAUGUAAGCGUCGCACUCAGCAUAGAAAAAGAUGAGAUGUUAGACAACAUUCGCGAAUGCCUCAAGUCUGAUUCAAUAGCUAAAGCUAAGACAAUAGCAUUUUCGUUGGAUAUAUUGUGUCAAGCAGAUUUCAUCAACUUUUUUCUGCUAAAAUUAAAAGAAGCUAUAGAAACAAAUGUGCGUUUUGACAAGAUCUAUUCCCCGGAUAUUUUAAUAUGCAGCAAAAAUAGUUUGAUAACUAUAUGUGUCGAGAAGCAAUUGAAAGACUUAACAGAGAGUGCUUUUAAUUUAAACGAACCUAACAUUGAUUAUUACGGAGACAUUAAAGUUGAGAUAACUACUGACAAAAUAACGAAGGAUGAGCAGACCCACACAAAAGUAAAAGUUGUUCCCCGGGAUAAGAGAUUGUUGCAGUACAAGAAACUACCUACAACAGUUAAUGCAGAUGAUAUUAGAAAAAGAGAUCAGUCUUUAAAGUGCCGUAAACACUCCUCGGGAAUAAAUGUUAGAGACGUCGAUGAAUCAGUGCCAGUAUUGGAGCUCUAUCUUCCUUAUCGAUGUCUGUCAACAGAAAAUCAGGUAUCAGAGUUACUUGUAGAAUUCUUAAAACAUACAGAUACGUUAAGAAAUGUCGGCGUGGAAUUCGCAGUUGAAGAUUUCAAAAACUUAGGAUAUCCUACUGAUGAAUGCAACACUAUAUUUUACAACACCAUUACUAAGUUUUCAAGUAGCUCAAAACAAAAUCUUAACAAAAUUAAAAUUGUGAACACGUCUUGUGAUAUACCCAUACUACAGGCUUACCAAAAAUAUUUAUUGAGAGCUAAAAUGAGUUGCAUGAACUUUGUCAUCACUUGUGGAAUUCAAUCAAAGCUGAAACAAGUCAGUAUUUGGAUCAAGGACUAUAUGCAGUUACUGAUUUCUGUUGUCUGUAACAUACUAUCGAUAUUUUCAUUAAUACACUUUGAUCAAGAUUUUGGAUCCAUAAGGUUUAAAGUAAAAAAUGUAGACAUCUUAUCUGUACCAAGUGAAGGCAUCGUAACUGUUGUUGACAAUUUAAAAAACGUUAGAGAAACAGAUAUAGACAGCCGUCUCAAUGUCAACAUUAUGAGUAAAUUUUCGGAAGAUACUAUAAGUACAAUUCAAGCCAGAGCCGAAGAAUUUCGUAAAGAAGGUUUCAUUAUGCUGAAAAACGCUGGAGUUGACAUUAAGCAAAGCAUUAUAUUUCUGCUUAAUUUAAAUCGCAUCAGUGAUGACUGGGAAACAAUUUUUUUUAAAGUUUUAAAAGCUGCUGAGAAUGAAACGAUUUCUACUAUCACCAUUCAAUAUUAUGGGCAAGUUCUUCAAAAGAAAAGUUGUUCAUCUUGUGCCCAAAUCGACAUUAUUUAUUCGGACGUUGAACAAAAGCGUAUGGCUGUUCGAGACUUAAAGAAAAAACUGAAGGCUUCUUAUAAAGAAGAGUCUUUAAAAUUUCAAACUUCUAAUUUAAGCAAAAUUCAGAUGUUUCGUUUGCAACAGAAAGGGAGAGAUAACCUAUUGAAAAUAAAUGUGUCUCAAAGUGAAAUAAAUGUGUCAGGCUUUGGGUCAGUGGACGAUAUUAAACUCUUAAUUGAAGAAUACAAAGCGGAAGAAAUAAACCUUGCCCUUAACCAUUUUAAUGCAGGGGUUCAAUGGCAGUAUGAGAGAAAUGGACAAAUAUAUGAUUUCAGUAAUUUACUAAAUCUGAAACUUGAGGCAACGUACACACAAAAUAAAAAUAAUAUGACCAUAGAUAUUGAUGAAGAGAAAUAUCAGAUAGAUUUUAAGAAUAAAACAGCAGCUUCUAUGAAGACCCACCAUGUUUACAGUUUAAUCAGGAAAAACGUGCCUACAGCUCAAGAAGCCUUACCAGCCAAUUGGGAAAAUAUGAAUGAAAAUAUUAACUUGUGUAUUGUGGUUUUGAAAACGGAAUCAUCAGAGUUUAGGCGCGUCUCGGAAAAUUUUAAGAAAAGUGGCGGUAAAGGAGAAAUAUUGAAAGUUGAGCGUUUGCAAAACAGAUAUCUCUAUCAACAAUAUGCGACAAAGAAAAGAGAGAUAGAAAGUAAAAAUCCUGGACAUCAAAAUGAGUUGCUUCUUUUUCAUGGUUCGGAUGUAAACGCAAUUAAAGCGAUCAAUAAAACUGGAUUCAACAGAAGUUACUGCGGGAAAAAUGGUGCUUUGUAUGGAGAAGGUGUUUACUUUGCUAGAGCAGCCUCAUAUUCUGAAACAUUUUCUAGACCAGACACAAAGGGUGAACGAAGACUCUACCAAGCCCGUGUUCUUGUUGGUAGAUCAAUAAUAACCCCAAAAGGAACUCGAUACUUGCCAAAAAGACAGGACUGCGACGCCUUGUUUGACUCAGGUAGAGCUCCAGAUGAGAGAAAAGAAGGAAUUUUCGUUAUAUUUCAUGACUGUCAAGCUUAUCCUGAGUAUUUGAUAACUGUUCGUUUGUAAACAGGGAAAGAUCCCAAAACAGUUGUUUGAAAAUUUAUUUCUGAUAUUAUGUCUCAAUCAGUAUUUUUAUUGAUAUUUUUUGAAUAUACAUG